GCAUCCUCACCAAGAAAAAAUGGAACUUGCAGGCACCAGCUUAGCACCAUCUUUGCCUUCCAGAAUCCUUCAUUUUCAUUUGUUUUUCUUAAUUUUUGCAACCAUACUAUGUUUCCAACCUGCUCAUUGUCUCUCUAAGUUGGGAAAUGAGACUGAUAAGCUUGCUCUUCUGCAAUUCAAAGCCAAGAUAAGCAAUGAUCCAAAUGGCAUAUUGAGCUCAUGGAAUGACUCUGUCAGCUUCUGCAAAUGGCAAGGAGUUACUUGUGGCUCCAAACAUCAGAGAGUUACGUCUCUAAAUCUGCAGGGGUUGAGCUUAUCGGGGACUAUUUCUCCACAUGCAGGGAAUCUCACAUUCUUGAGGUUUCUCAGCCUAGGCGACAACAGAUUUCAUGGAGAAAUUCCUCAAGAAGUUGGUUACCUCUUCCGAUUGGGACAUUUCAACCUGAGCAAUAACCAGUUGGGUGGUGAAAUUCCAGGUAACAUCAGCAGUUGCUCAGAGCUCAGGCUUCUAGAUUUGAUUAAUAACAACUUGGUGGGAAAAGUACCUGCUGAGCUAGGAUCUUUAAAGAAGCUUGUGAUUCUUUUCAUUGGUGAAAAUAGUCUCACGGGAAAGAUCCCAAAUUCGUUAGGAAAUCUUUCAUCCCUCCAAAUGAUUUACUUGGCAGAAAAUCAUUUGCAGGGAAAGAUUCCAAAUGAAUUCGGACAGUUAACAAGCCUAACUUUGCUUGAGCUCGGGGUUAAUAAUCUGAGUGGCAUGAUACCUCCUCCACUUUAUAAUAUCUCAUCUAUCACUUCCAUUGGCACGACAUUUAAUCAAUUAAGUGGGAGUCUCCCAGCAAACAUAGGCCUAACUCUUCCUAACCUGGAACAACUGUUUUUGGCUCAAAAUGAAUAUUUUGGAAGUAUUCCAGAAUCAUUGGCCAAUGCUUCUCGGCUUCGGCUUAUUGACAUCUCGAACAACAGUUUCACAGGGCAAUUCCCAACCGAUCUGGGAUAUCUCAAGGGACUUGAAUCGCUUCAUUUGGAGUUCAAUUUCUUUGGCAGUAACACAAGUCAAGAUUUGAGUUUCUUACCAUCUCUUGCCAACUGCAGCAAUCUGCAACAACUAUACUUUGAUGGAAACAAUUUUGGUGGUGCAUUGCCUAGCUCCAUUGGCAAUCUGUCUAAUCUUGUGCAGUUAGGCUUCGGACGGAAUCCAAUAUCAGGAACAAUCCCAGAAGAGGUAGGCAAUCUUGUCAAUUUGUAUCGAUUAGAUAUGGAUAGAAACCUUUUUUCUGGUAGUAUCCCCAUUUCUUUUGGAAAGCUACAAAAGCUGGAACGUCUAACCUUAAAUCAAAAUCUACUUUCUGGUGAAAUUCCAGCGUUCCUGGGCAACAUUACGAAGCUAUAUUGGCUUCAGUUAGAAGGAAACAGAUUCCAAGGAAAUAUUACUCCAAGCCUUGGAAACUGCGAAAACCUUCGAUUUCUAGAUGUAUCAAGAAAUAAACUAAUGGGCAGCAUACCCAAACAAAUCUUUGGUCUUUCUUCUUUAUCAGGAACUCUUAACUUAUCACAGAACUCAUUGUCAGGUUCUUUACCCUCAGAAGUUGGCAACUUGAAAAGUGUUAAUGCAUUAGAUGUAUCAGAGAACAAAAUCUAUGGGGAAAUUCCAAAGACAAUAGGUGAUUGUUCCAGGCUAGAAAUCCUUUACAUGCAGGGAAACUUCCUGCAAGGAGCCAUUCCCUCGUCUUUUGAUUCUUUGAGAGGUCUCCAACAGAUAGAUUUGUCAAGAAACAACUUGUCAGGAAAUAUUCCAAAAGAGCUAGAAAAGCUCUUCUUCUUGAAAUAUUUGAAUCUUUCUUUCAACAAUCUUGAGGGUGAGGUACCAAAAACAGGAGUCUUCAAAAAUGCAAGUGCGUUUUCGCUCAUUGGGAAUAGAAACCUUUGUGGAGGUAUUGCAGAACUGCAGCUGCCAGCAUGUCCUAUCAAAGAAGAAAAAGACAGAGGGCCUUCCAUUGUCAUAGUCCUCACCACAACCAUCAGUUCUUUUCUCUUUGUCGUGAUAGCCGCAUUCUUAUGUCUUUUCUAUUGGCAAAAGUCAAAAAAUAGUCCAACUUCCUCAACUUUCACAGUCGAUGAACUUUCUCGAAUUUCAUAUGGAGAACUAUUGAAAGCAACUGACAGAUUCUCUUCAGAAAACUUAAUUGGACAGGGCAGUUUUGGCUCAGUAUAUAAAGGAACACUUGAUCAGCAAGGGAAAUGUUUUGUUGCUAUAAAGGUACUCAACCUUCAGCAACAUGGAGCUUCCAAGAGCUUCAUUGCUGAGUGCAAAGCAUUGAAAAAUAUCAGACAUCGGAAUCUUGUUAAGAUCUUGACGUACUGCUCCAGCAUUGAUUUUAAAGGCAAUGAUUUCAAAGCUCUAGUGUUCAAUUUCAUGGAAAAUGGGAGCUUGGAAAUUUGGUUGCAUCCAGAAGAAAAUGGUAAUAAUCAAACCAGGAAAUUAGACUUUCUUCAGAGACUAUAUAUUGCCAUUGAUGUUGCUUCUGCGUUGCAUUAUCUUCAUGACCAUUGUGAAAAACCAAUUGUUCACUGCGAUUUGAAGCCGAGCAAUAUUCUUCUUGACACUGACAUGACUGCUCAUGUUGGUGACUUCGGAUUAGCAAAGCUCCUUGCUGAAAGCGCCAAUAGUCCUUCUCAAAGCCAGACUUUGUCAACUGGGAUAAAGGGAACAAUUGGCUACAUGGCUCCAGAAUAUGGAGUAGGCAGCAGUGUGACAACUUAUGGAGAUGUCUACAGCUUUGGAAUACUCUUGCUAGAGAUGUUCACAGGAAAGAGACCAACUCAUGAUGUGUUUACAGAUGGUUUAGAUCUCCACAACUUUGUAAAGGCUAAGCUCCCAAGACAAGUGAUGCAGGUCGUGGAUCCCACCUUACUCACUCCAGGAGAAGUGGGGGCAGCUAAAGCAGCAGCAGCAGAAAAUAUGGACAAUGAUGGAAGUAUUGACGAUAGUGUACGAGAAUAUGUUGUAUCAGUCCUGCAAAUUGGACUCAAAUGCUCCACAGAAGUGCCAAAAGAUCGAAUGAGUAUGAAGGAUGCAACAAGCAAACUAAAUGACAUCAAGGACACUUUCCUUCAUAGACAUCAGAAAAUAGUUCAAAAUGGAAGCACAAUGCAACAGCCACAACAACAGUAAGCUACGAAGCACAAUGAAAGUAAUGUUGAUAUUGAAAAUUUAAGGCUGCAGAGGUGCAAUGUGCAAAAAUGUAAUCUAUCAGUCCUCAUAAUAGAACUUGCAUGAUCUGCAGAACUACCAGGAGGAAGUUACAAGAACAACUAAAUAUCCUUACAGACUUUAA